AUGGGCUUUGAGUCUUGGCUUUAACUUGACUAUGAGCAAAUAGCAGGUAAUAAAAAUGAUGGAGAACCUUAUUACAUACUUUCAGGGGGAUUCUUGGUGCAUAAUCACCAAUUCAAUACUUAGAGUACUUCUGCUAGCUUCGAAGACUAAGAUAAAUUACAGCUUUAAGAGAGGCAAUCAAAGCAAGACUAAAAUAUUAUGAAUCAGUAACCUCACUGCAAAUAAGUGAAUGUAGACUAGAUUAUGAAUGAGGCUGAAGAGGAAGAUAGUAUCCGAAUAGAUAAUAGCUUGCUUUAACAUUAAUAAAGCGUGGAUGCUAGGUCUUCACAUAGGAAUACAUACCAGGAUUGUUCCAAUGAUAUGAAUUAUGCCAAUGAAAAUCUUGAGUAGUAGUUAAUGAUGAAAGAUGCUUUAGAAAAUAACAUGAACAUUGGAGAAAUAUAUAUUGAAUGA